CUUCCGGUAUGAGGGGUAAACCCGCAGGAAGUAGCUUACAGGACCACCAACACAGGAACAACAGAGUAAACAACAGAGACAUUUAUUCUGUUUUUGGGACGAUAUCUCCACAAGUAUGAAAUGAGACAGUACAGUGUCUCCCUCGCUCAGACGGUGUGGCGCGUCUGUGGUGUUUUCAGCCGCUGUUACAGGCAUGAAUGAAGGCAGGCAUCCAUGUCCCACCAUGGAGAGGAGAAAAUAACCCCAAAAAGAAGGAAAAGAAGACGCUGCAUCGCUGAGGAAUCUUCAGCCUCUAACUCCGACUGAGGGUCGGCACAUCCGGACAGAGACCCGGAGAGCGACAGAGGGGCGAGAGGGGCUGGUGCUCAGAAUGGCUUUUCUCGACAACCCCGCCAUCAUCCUGGCCCACAUCCGGCAGUCCCACGUGACCAGCGAUGACACCGGGAUGUGUGAGAUGGUCCUUAUUGAUCACGAUGUGGAUCUGGAGAAGUGCCAUUCGUCUGUGGUGUCUGUUGGCGGAGGCUCGUCCGGGGGUUCGUAUGGCGACGGCAGCGGUGGAGGAGACGGCCAGACAUGUGAUCUCUCUCAGUCUGUCGACAUCACCUCCAGCUGGGACUUUGGCAUCCGACGGCGCUCCAACACAGCUCAAAGACUGGAGCGACUGAGGAAAGAACGACAGAACCAGAUCAAGUGCAAAAAUAUUCAGUGGAAAGAGAGAAGCUCGUCUCAAUCAGCAGACGACUUGAGCUCGCUUUUUGAAAAGAAGGACUUUAAGGACAGGCCCCGGAGCACAGGCAGCAAAUCCACACUCUCGCUGCGGCUAGAACAGUGUCCCCAACAGCUCAACAACCCCUUCAACGAAUACUCCAAAUUUGAUGGCAAGGGCCAUGUUGGUACAACGGCAACCAAAAAAAUUGACGUCUACCUCUCAAUGCAGUCGACCCAAGAAAAGAUUCACCCCAUGACGGUGGUCACGAUGGCUAACGCUCGGGUCCACGAUCUAAUCGGGCUCAUCUGCUGGCAGUACACCUGCGAAGGCCGUGAACCCAAGCUCAUUGAAAAUGUCAACACCUACUGUCUCCACAUCGCUGAGGAUGAUGGGGAGGUGGACACAGACUUCCCUCCGCUGGACUCCAACGAGCCCAUCCACAAGUUUGGCUUCAGCACGCUGGCUCUGGUCGAGAAGUAUUCAUCUCCUGGACUAGGGCCCAAACAGUCACUCUUUGUUCGAAUAAACGCUGCUCAUGGUUUCUCCCUGAUCCCAGUGGACAGCCUGAAAGUGACCAUGAAGGAUAUUCUGCAGAAGGCCCUCAAAAAGAGGAAGGGCUCCCAGAAAGGAUCAGGUCCCAUGUAUCGACUAGAGAAGCAAACAGAACCGAAUGUGGCAGUGGAUUUGGACAGUACGCUGGAGAGCCAGGGAACGCUGGAGUUCUGCUUGGUUAGAGAAAACAGUUCUCGAGGCGAGGAGAGCUCAGAGGAAGACCCGCCUAUAGACAUCACUACGGUACAGGACAUGUUGAGCAGUCACCACUACAAGUCCUUCAAGAUCAGCAUGAUCCACAAGCUCCGCUUUACCACAGAUGUACAGCUAGGAAUUUCUGGUGAAAAGGUAGAGAUCGACCCUGUCACCAAUCAGAAGACAAGCACGAAGUUCUGGAUCCGACAGAAGCCGAUCUCCAUAGACUCGGAUCUGCUGUGUGCCUGUGACCUGGUGGAGGAGAAGAGUCCAAGUCAUGCAAUAUUUAAGCUCACAUAUCUAAGCAACCACGACUACAAAGCUCUGUACUUCGAGUGUGAUGCUGCUACUGUCAAUGAGAUUGUCCUAAAGGUGAACUACAUCCUGGAGUCUCGUGCCAGCACGUCGAGGGCGGAUUACUUCGCCCAGAAACAACGCAAACUGAACCGUCGCACGAGUUUCAGUUUCCAGAAGGACAAAAAGUCGGGCCAGUAGGGCUGGCGGCCAAACCGAUCAGAACUGAACGGGCCUAUGUGAACAGAGGCAAAGAGAUAGAUGGGGAAAAUAUAAAGAAUAGAAGGAUUCCAAGAAGCUUAGAAAAGGAAAAGACAGAGAGAAUAUGUGAUAAAUAUGAGACAUGCAUCCUUGUCUCAUCUGGAUGGAGAAAUCAGCCUCUUAAGGUCGGCCUUUCCUGGACUGACGGUCCUUAAUCAUAUCAGAGCACUAAUGCUCUCUGCUGUCACUCGAAUGUACUAGCAAAACCAACCAACAAUCUAAUUGAACAAUUAUAUUAACGUUUGAAGCCACAGCCAUCGCCGAGAACAGACAAAACCAUCAGCUGGACUCUGGAUGCCAAGGACCGAGAACUUGCUGCUGUUUCUGCGUCAGUUUCAAAGACUUACUUCCACUGCCUGCAAACGAACUGUACAUAAACGCACACCAAAACAAACGCAGUCGGAACCUUAAAAGCCAGAAAGAGCAAGUGAACCGUAUUAUCUAUUCCCAUGUGUAUCAAAGAUAUUAUAACUUUAACCACACCAGACUCUGACAGGUAAAGGGAUCGUGAUCUUUUUUUUUUUUUUUAACGAAAAUGUAAAUAGCAACCACAUUCAGGGUCUGAUGACAAACCCUCUUUGGCCAUAGUACUUUAGUGCCUGCUACAGAUCAAUAUGACAAGAUUUUAACCAUCGGGAAAAGCCUCAACUCUUUCUACCAACAGAGGAGGCUGGUAGGUUAAGGAAUGACAGAUUUUUAAUGAUCAAAUAUGAAAUAAUAACUUCUUUUUACUGUGAUGUGUUUUUCCCCUCUGCAUUGUAUCUUUUGAUUGCGUAUAUUAUAACGAACCAGUCGCCUUCUGUCUCUUUUAGAAGGAUGUUUUGGUUUAUUCCGACUGUCCUCUUGGGCUGCAAUGGGAAUGUAUGUAUUUGCCACAUUUCAUUAUAAAUGUUAAUGAUAACAUUAUUAUACUAGGUUCACUUCAUCUGUGUGUGUUCUCCGCACCAAACCUGCCGUUUCAACUUGUUUCUUUCUACAAAUGAGGGGGAACUCUCUCUACCUAUAACUCCACUUCAAUCGCUGCUGUUGUUAAACUGGAUUCAGGGUGUAUGUUCUAUCCAAAACGUUCUGACUCAGGUUUCCGACUGCCAUGUUGUCUUGACUGAUCUUGUUUCGUUUCGUUUUUUUUUUUAUGUCUGUCAAAGCCAGAGAGCGAUGACUGAUACUCAAUUCAGCGCUGACGGAUGGACAAAGAGAGCAUGUGUUCCCGUGAUGGGGAUAACAGCUGAAUAGACAUUUCAAAUAAAACUUUAUUUAUAAUAUUACGAUGACCUAGGGGGUUAUCAUGCGGCCUAUGGAAUCAACAAGAUUUGCUACAGUACAUGUAUACUGUAUAUAAGUAGAUUUUCUAAUUAAAGACUGAACUACAA